CGCGCGCCAAAUUUAAAGGCGGCGCGCGCGGGGCUGGGGCCGGGUCUCGCGCCCCCUCAGGCCGGGUCUCGCGCGCGCGCCCCCUCAGGCCGCCAUGGCCACCCCGCCCAAGCGCGGCAGGACCGACGGCCGCAUCAAGAAGGUCGCCGUGGAGGGCAACAUCGCUGCAGGGAAAUCCACCUUUGUGAAUAUCCUGAAACAAGCCAAUGAGGAGUGGGAAGUGGUUCCCGAGCCGGUAGCUAGAUGGUGCAAUGUCCAGCAAAGUUCUGGAGACGACUCUGAGGAGCUGAGCACGUCGCAGCGGAGCGGUGGGAACGUGCUGCGCAUGAUGUACGAGAAGCCGGAGCGCUGGGCCUUCACCUUCCAGACGUACGCGUGCCUCAGCAGGAUCCGGGCUCAGCUCGGCGCCCUGGACCGCAAGCUGGGCCACGCCCAGAACCCCGUCGUGUUCUUCGAGCGCUCCGUCUACAGCGACAGGUACAUCUUUGCUGCUAAUUUAUACGAGUCUGACUGCAUGAACGAGACCGAGUGGACAAUUUACCAGGACUGGCACGACUGGAUGAACAAACAGUUUGGCUCGAGACUGGCGCUGGAUGGGAUCAUUUAUCUCCGAGCCACUCCUGAGAAAUGCUUGAAUAGGAUUUAUUUGCGUGGAAGAGAUGAAGAGCAAGAAAUCCCCAUUGAAUAUCUGGAGAAGCUUCACUACAAGCAUGAAAGUUGGCUCCAGCACAGGACACUGCGAACAGAUUUUGACUAUCUACAGGAAAUUCCAAUUUUAACACUUGAUGUCAACGAAGACUUCAAAGGCAAAAAGGACAAAUACGAUCACAUGAUCGAAAAGGUCAAGGAAUUUUUGAGCACAUUGUAAUCCUCUUUGAAGUGCAGAGUCAAACCAUUCCAAACUUCUGUGUGAUCCAAGUGCAGCUUCUUCCUUCCUUAAUAGGAGGCCUCUGGCGAGGCACAAUUCAGUCCUGGUGAUUUGGUUGUGAGGAACAAAUAAACUUUGGGAAUAGGGGAAUUAUUAAAUAAAUCGGUACGUCUGUUCAGUAUUAAGUGAAGUGACACACACAGAUUCUGAAGAGACAAGGAUUCUGAGCACUGCCGAAUGCUGUGCCAGUUUUUGAUCAGACCAAUGAGUUCUAUAGUCUUCUGUAGCUGUUUUUUAUUUAUUUUGUGCCCAACUACUGUUUAAUUUUGAAGAAGGUAGCUGGUUUUUUUAGCUGCAUGGAUUUGUAAUGGAUGUUUUCUUGUUCCCAGGAAGUAAAAGACCAUUUUUGCUGCUGAGGGCAUUUUGUGAUAACCUAGAAUUUAAUGGUUUAAGGUACACAAAAAUGUUUUCUCAUGCUUUUCAUAGAAGUCUUUUGUAGAAUAAACUGAAUUAAUGCCGAAUGUGACUGAAAUUCCAUAUAUAGCAAAUGAAUUUUUAUAUCUGCUUCUGUUAUGCACUGCAAACCAGGAUAUUCAAGGCUUUUUGUUGCCUAGCACGUUUGGGGUUGUGUUGCCAAUUUUUUUUUUUUUUUAGUUUUUUCAGAAAGAGUGCUGUGUUUGUUGCUGGUCAAUCCUUUUCUCCUGGAGAGGAAUAUGUUAGCUUGCCUGGCACUGCCCUGGGCAGAUGGGCAUUUUGCAAACAGCCUUCAUCUGUAAAUGACGUGUUGCUAAUCCAUCCCAUAAUCGCAUUAGGGAUGUGAGAGGUGGCUUCCUGCCUUUGUUCCAGCUGUUGCAUGUGUUCACUGAGCCUUCUGGGUGCUUAUCCCAGAUCCUGCACUGUUGGAAGUAGGUUUCUCAGUCUCACCUGCUUGGAGUAAGACGUGGAGACCUGUGUGGAGUAGCUGCUGCCUGAGCCUCUCAUUCCAGGUGCAGAAAACAAACUUCAGGUUGCCCAUCUCAAGUGCUGGAAUUUGUGAACUGCCUUGUUCUGCUUUGAACACUUCUGAGUGCACAGUUGGCUUUUGAAGGCAAAAUUUUAUUGUAAAGCUUUUUAUUGUCUACCGUGGUGCUUCUGCUACCUGCUUGCUGGAGAUGAGAUGUCUUCCCUUAUGGCUGGAGUUGGGCUGGCAUUCCCUAACCAUUGGCUGAAAAAUAAAAGUGGUUGGAAAGACUU